AUAAUAUUGCAUUAAUGCAUUAUCCUUUUAUGUUUUCGGACAAAUGUAUGCAAACAUCAUCCAACCAUAAACAUUGACAUAUUAAUGAUGUGUUUAGUAUAACAAUAACACUAUGAAAGUGUAUACAGUUGACACUGCAACAUUUAUCUCGAAUAAAUUAUCUGCUUGCUAUCAAAUACAAGAGAAGAUGUUGUUUCCUCAUAGAUAAGGGACUUUUCUAAGCUAAGGGACCUUUCUUCACUUGUUCUACGCUAGCUUGCCCUAUCAGCUGGAAUGUUUAUUGUCGUAGCCAGGCAUGAACUGGUAUUAGCAACGAAGCAGGAAACUGAGUCACAUUAUCUGUACGGUACACGUGUGUGUGGAGUGUCAGUAUUUACACAGCGUCGCGUAUGAAGGAUGGCUUCUGUGUUCAUCUCCCCUGUAAAACCUGGUAGCUUUCUGUACAUGGUAUUGAUACUGAUGAACCCGAGCCACACACACAGUACUACUAGCAAUACUAUCACAGGAUCUUCAACAAAGACUACAAAAUACACGACGACAAGUCCAAAUUACAACAAGGGUAAUACUUUCACUAUCUGUUGUGAAAAAUUGUGUUAUUGUCCUAUUGUAAAGUUAUUAGAGUGCAUAUUACAUCUGAACAUUACAUCGUACACCACCUGUAAAAUAUAUAUCUGAGUCACAUUAACUGUACGGUACACGUGAGUGUGGAGUGUCAGUAUUUACAAAGCGUCGCGUAUGAAGGAUGGCUUCUGUGUUCAUCUCCCCUGUAAAACCUGGUAGCUUUGUGUUAUUGGUACUGAUACUGAUGAACCCGAGACACACACACAGUACUACCAGCAAUACUGCCACAGACAACUUAACAUUUGAAUCUUCCUGUGCUGCUCUCAAUUGGUCGGCAGCGGUGACAGACUGCAUCAACAAGGGCGCCGCGAUAUUCUCUUUAGAAGAUUUAAGGACAUCUAGGGGCGGCAAUGUGUUAAAGAAGGCUAAGGCUGAACAUACCAAGAUAUGGAUAAAAAUAAAUGGUACCUGCUGGACAGCUGACAAGGAGACAUUCCAGGACGCCAACUGUAGUGACUCCAACUAUUAUGUCUGCAAAUCGAACACAAAUACCAGUUCUGAUUGGUACGUACCUUGUCGAAAUGAAACCACGGAUGCUUCCACACAAGGAUCUACAAAAUCAACACCACAGAUUCCAACCACAACCCAUGGAUCAAACACAAAAGUUCCAAUCAUCGCCUCGAUCGUAUGUCUGAUAGCGGUUCUUCCUGCUGUGAGCAUUGUUCUUGUGUGUUACUUAAUCCAAAGGAGGAAAACAGGGUCAUCGAGAAAUCAGGUGAAUGUCGCAAGUGAAGGACAACCGGAAGUGGAUUAUUACUGUCACCUACAAGCUCGAGAUGCUUCAGAAAUGAACAAUUAUGCUACACUUAAUGAACCUGGAAACAACGAAAGGGCACCUGCAAACCAGUCGGAACAGAAUGCUCAAUUACACGAAUCCUAAAAUUGCUCAUCACAACUGUAAGGUAUGAAUUCUGCAGAGACCAUCGCCAAUACCCACACAAGCUUAGGAUGCACUUGCAGGAUCUACACAGUUCGUGUCUACUGUUCUUCGGAUAAUCUUUGAUCUAGCCGUGUUCAUUCUUUUCCACCGGUACAUACAUGCAUGCAUAUGAUACGUUUCUAUAGGUUUACAUAUCCUUGUUUUUAUUCUUUAAUAUCUUUCUCUGAACGCUAUUCAAUAAAAUAUUAAUUUUAAA